GUACUCGUCACAGAUGGCAACCAACAGUGGUUCACAGUCCAAUCCCUAUUGACUACCGACACCGUGCACGAGGGUUGUUUCGCAUUUUCAACCUCAGAGAUCCGUGUCGAAUCUGUGGUGAGACCCGUAGCUAAAGAAAAUAUCGAAAAGGUUUUCCAUUUUCCACUUUACAACCAUGGAUGAGAAGCCAGACAAGUUUGGUGAGAGGGCAGUCAAGUUCGAUGAGGAACCGCUACUACGACCGGGGAAAGCGACGGUAUGGCUGGGGUUGUCCACAUUCUCCGUGUCGGUGGGAUCCUCCUUGCAGUUCGGCUACGGGACCGGUGUGCUGACGGCACCCUUGGGCUUUGGGUACAUCAAUGAUUUUUACAACGCGUCCAACUAUCAGCGUCGAGAGGACUACAUUGACUCGGGCACCAUGACGUGGUUGAUCGCCUUCACCACAUCCCUCUACUGCGUUGGCGGUGCUUUCGGUGCGCUCCUCGGCGGUAAACUUGCCGACAUCCUCGGCAGGAAGGGCGCCCUCCUCCUCAACAAUAUCUUCUCCAUUGCAGCUGCGCUGAUGUUCGGGUUCUGCGGCGCCGAAUUCGCCAACAGUUUCGAGUUGGUUAUGCUGGCACGAAUCGUUAUCGGAUUCAUGGUCGGUUGUUCCAUCACCAUCGUGCCCCUGUAUUUGGCCGAGAUCGCCCCUGUCAAUCUACGGGGAGCCAUCGGCACCUGCCACCAGCUUGCAAUCACCAUCGGCAUUCUCCUCUCGCAGGCGUUCGGUUUGUUUGUGUUGAACAAACCAGACCAGUGGCCCAUCCUGUUAGCCCUGACCGGUGUGUUCUCAGCCAUUGAGAUCCUGACGCUGCCCUUCUGCCCUGAGAGUCCCCGCUGGCUGCUCAUCAACAAGAACAAACCGGAGAAAUGCAGAGCAGCCCUGAUCAGGUUGAGAGGGGAUGACGACGUGGACGAUGAGAUUACGGAGAUGAAAGAAGAGGCUUACAAGGAAUCAUCAGUGCAAAAAGUGGGCAUGUGGGCCGUCGUCACCGCUAGAGAUCCUACAUGGAAGAUGCCAUUGAUUAUAAGUGUGGUGCUGCAUGCCGCUCAGCAGUUUUCUGGAAUCAAUGCUGUGAUGUUCUAUGCAACCUACAUCUUCAAACAAACAGGCAUGUCAGAUGAAGAGGUUUCUUAUGCAACUGUUGGAUUGGGCGGUGUCAAUGUUUUCAUGACUAUUGUCGCGGUCUUUGUCGUUGAGCGUAUAGGACGCCGUAAGCUCCUGCUAUUCCCCUUCGGCAUAAUGGCCAUUGCCACAGCAUUGCUAACUGUGUCCCUCAACCUGCAGAGUUCCUUUGACUGGAUGCGCUGGCUUAGUCUGGUGUUCAUCUUCAUGUACAUCAUUAACUUUGCCAUCGGACCUGGACCUAUCCCUUUUGUGAUUGUUCCCGAGCUGUGGGCCCAGGGGCCUCGCCCUGCUGCCAUGUCCCUCUCUGUCCAAGUCAACUGGUGGUGCAACUUCAUCGUUGGUCUCUCCUUCCCGUUUAUUCAGGAGGGUAUCGGGGCCUACACCUUCUUGGUCUUCAUGGGAUUCCUCAUUGUCAGCACCAUCUUCAUCUUCUUCUUCAUCCCUGAGACCAGGAACAGGACCUUCGAGGACAUCUCCUCCAGUUUUGGAAAGAAGAAGGAGGUGAACCAGAAUGAGUACGAGCUUCAAGACCAGCGUUAGACAGCGAAGGGCAUCUCAAAAGCACAGAGUAUUUUUAUCAUUGUUGUCUGGGUCCCAUUUCAUAGCGUCUUAAACAAUUUGCAUCAGUUUGCACAAGUUUCAACCGAGAACCAGUCAAAAGAUAUGUCCAUCACAUGACUUUUUGGCUGGUUACCUGUUUGCUUGGUAAAUAUUUCCCAUCAUUAAAUUGGCAAGCUCAGCAAAUUGGAUUGCCAAACAGCUUUGUGUACAGAAAUGUAUUAAAGUGUCUCAUGAUUGUGAAAUAAAUUGGCAUGUGCAGUUAAACCUAUGACAGCGCAGGGUGGGCUGCAAAGUGUUUGGGAGAUCACCAACUGUUGAAAUAAUCAAAGAAAUUUGUCAAGCAAUUGUGCAGCUAAAGUGUUGCACUCAGCGCCUUCUCAUCAUGGAACCCAAUGCCAAUGACACAGUGGGUUCCAAAACAGAGAUCAUUAACCCUUUUGGUGUGAACAUGAAGAGCAACUCCUUGUGAUCGGACAUACGACUCAAGUCAGGAAUUCUAAUUUAAUCACAAGUAACAGAAUGAAUACAGAGAUUAUGAUAAUCCAAUUUAAUGUUUUUACAAGACGCACAUGUGCCGCUCACGCGGUCGUCCUGAAGUCCGCUGUUCCAACCAACCUUUAGUCACUGUAGUGCCUGAAACCGCCCUGCCUAUUACUCAUUUGUAGCACCCCAAACUGCCUGAGCACACUCUUAAGUUUUAAAAUUAAAAUCUGUUGUUUUCUUGAUAAUACCAUUACAUUUUGUGUAUUUUUACCACCUUAAAGGGAAUAUACAUGAUUGGCUU